UUGGACCCUGUAUCGUCGCGGCUUUGUGAGGACCACUUCACUGCGGACCAAUUCGAGCCGAUACUGCUGCGCAAGUUUGGUACUAAAAAGUUGAAGAGAGACGCGGCGCCUACGAUCUUCAGUCAAGAGCAUUUGCAAACGUCAGAAUGCAAUGAUUCAGCCCGCUCAUCUUGUGGCCUUAAUCUACUACUAACAGCAGCUGCUCUUGUUGAUGAAGCCAAAGAGACACACUGCCCAUCAGCUACGAAUGUGCUUCUGACACCAGCUGCUGUUGAUGGCUAUGGAGCCAACAGUGAUGCCACUCAAGCAGGGUUAGGUUCUUCACAAGGUCACACUGCCACUGAUUCAGCACCAUCGGAUUUUCCAGAAGAUGCACCUUCAAGUUCCGAAUGUGACGCACUGCCAGCUUGUUCAACAGCUUGUUCAGCAGGUGUGGAAACCACCCAUGAAUCGAGCUGCCAGCCAUUUCAAGCUUUGACGGUGCCUGUUGAGUCUCAGCAGAACUUUUGUGCUGCCUGUGGAGGAUUUCUGUCUGCUGAGGGCACAGCUGAUGUCACCGGCUCCAGUUCAAGUAGUUGGGAUGCUGAUCAAGCAGUAGUAGCUGCCCUUCACAAAAGAAUAGCUACAUUGGAAGAGUGCUUGAACAACAUGAAGCGGAAAGUUGCUACACUGCAACAACAGAAAAGCAGAGCAAACCGUAGAAACCAUGAACUCACGCGAAACAUCAAGAAGUACCUGUCACCAGAUCAACUGCAAGGCAUGUGGACUUCCAGUAUGCGAGGGAAGCAAUGGUCUACAGAGACUAUACAGAAAGGCCUCAAGCUCCGUUUGGCAUGUGGAUCCAGAGGCUACAAUGCGGUCAGGGAGCUUGCUGUACCCCUUCCGAGUGAAAGAACUUUACAACGUCGUGUUGAAAACUACAAGUUCUCACCAGGAAUUCUACAUGAGGUUCUGAAGUCCCUUGCUUUAAAGGUGAAAGGAUGGUGUAGCUGAAUAUAUUUGUUACAUUUA